UUUGAUAAGUUUUCUUGGGUUACAAGCGAGGCGAGAUGCGCGCUGUUGCAAAGCAAACAUUUUUUGCGAACAGCUGAUUCGGAAAAUUAUGUUCGCGGACUUUUCUCAAAAUCUCCCUCCUGCCCUCGAAGGGAUUUCCCCGCACCUUUCAAAGUUUAGCGCGUGACCCUUCGAAAUGGUUCAAAAUUCUCGUAGCGUCUUUUCUUCCAAACCGGGAGGCUUCCCGAAAUGAGAUCGAAAUUCGUCGUGACAGCUCUCCUCAAAACUCUCUGUUUCCUGCUGCUCUGCGGCGAGGCCAUCUCCGAGAGCACGCGUUUCCGUGGUGAUGCAAGUUCGACGCAGCUCAUAUGUGCUGCCCAGGAUCUCGACUUGUUCGGCGGCAAUGCAACAGGUGCUCGAUAUGUCAAGCGCCAAGCGAUCCAACAUCGAAAGAGGGUCCCUGCGGAUAUCAUGGGUGAUCAGGAAAAAAUUCAGGCAAAUUCCAUACGAGCAAGAAGAACGCCGGGGACAAUAUCGAACACAGACCAUAAAAGCAGCUCAGCCUAUCACAUUGGCAGCGAUGAAAAAGAGAGGAACGAAUUUCCCAGCACCAGUUUUAGAAGUGAAGGUGGGUGGAAUAACUUCAUUGAUAGAAAAAAUUACGUUACAACCAAAAAUGGUAGCCUUCAUUCAGAAAAUAAUGAUAAUACCGAAGGGUCUAAAAAGAGAGAAUUUUCGAUGCGUAACGUGAGAGAAGCGGACAUAGGUAGAAGGGGUACGGGAGAUGACGAUGAUGACGACAAGGAUGAAAAGGAUGAGAAGGAUUACAAUGAUGGUAAGGACGACGACGAUGAAAAUAAAGAAGAAAAACGAGGAGAGAAUGCAAAAGGGAACGAGGAGAGGAAAUACACAGAGACCAUCACUGAAAAAACUAAUCUGGUCUUCGAUGAUUUGGGAAAAGAAGAUGCAAGAGCAGAGGAUGAAAAAGUGGAAACAGAGAGGGAGGCUAUGACGACACCCCCUGAAAAAACCUAUGAAAUUUUUGGUGAUGCAGAAGAGGAGGAAGAAAAAGGUGAAAAACAGAGGAAGGAUGAGUACGAUGAAAGGACUGUAACAACUAUGAGCACUGAAAAACUCUUCAAAAUCAUAGAGUCUGAGGGAAAAUCGGUGUCAAAAUUUAAUGACUACGGACAACUAGCACGAACUGAAAAAGAGUAUGAUAUGACGCCUGCUUUUAAACAUCCUUCACAAUCCAAAGAUAUGAGACUUGAAGUUCACGAACCUGUACCAAAGCCAAUAAUUUCAGUUUCUAAAAAUUUCCCCGAAAAGGCGCCUGGUUUUCCAUCCAGUGUCGAGCCCUACAAACAGCAACCAAGCGAAGUUCCGACCAUCCAUCCUCUCGAAGAAGGAAUCUUCAUCUUUGAGGGGAAAAAAUCUGAUCGUCCCAAAAUAAAAGAAAUCGACAAAAAUCCAAUAGAAAUCGAGGAUCUGACCGAGGAUAUGGAUGAUCCACUGCCGGAUGAUAUUUCCGACGACUUCGAUGAGAACACGACCGAGACACCUUCCAACGAAGCGAAAACCAAAAGCGAUGGAAGAAUCACCACAAAGGCAGGGAUCAACUUAUCCGGGAGUACAACUACUUCCAAGGAAAGAAACUUCACCAUGGGUGCGACGAAAAAUAUCACAAAAACCUCAGCAAAGUUACGCGGAGACGGAAAAACUGACGUUAAAGAACCCGAUAAAGAGAUUCGUGGAGAUGGAAAAACUGACGUUAAAGAACCCGAUAAAGAGAUUCGUGGAGACGGAAAAACUGACGUUAAAGAACCCGAUAAAAAGAUUGAAACGACAGAUGACCGCACAAACCGUGCCAAGACGCGUAAAUCGAAGGAGAAAACGGAAAUCAGUGUGCUCACAGAUCCCGACGCCACGGAUGGUGAAACCACUGAAAACAGUGACGAGGGGCACGGUGAGAGCCUCGAUGAUCUGUAUUCUGAGCUGCCCAAAAUCGAAGAGGAAAGGCGGCAGCAGGAGCCCGCCUCGGGUUUUCCGAACAUCGGAUGGGCGCUUUCGGAUCCCUCUGAUAGACAGCUUUGGGACAAACUGAUUAAAGCUCAGAAUACCACGGAUCGACUCCUAGAAAAGCUUGAAAGGAGUAGGGAACCUAAUAAAAUGAGUCAGAAUACCAAGCUACUUGGGUUCGCGGCUGACAAUAGCCGAGAGGGUGAAGUGCCGACCGCAGGCGACGACGACCUGCGCAGCUAUCUGCGGAACCGAAUCGACGGCGGACGGCCCAAAAGCCGAGAAGACACGCUCGUCUUGGAGAAGGACGAGAACAUGCGCGACCCAGAGCCAGAGGAGGUCGCGGACAGGGGAGGUCUGUCGCCGGCCUUCCCGGAACCGCCUCCAGGGGUCAAUAUGAAGGCGGAGGAGAACCAAGAGCCACCUCCUGAAGAAGAGAAGUCCUGGGCGGAACUGCCGCCGACGUCGAACACGGUGUCGUGGGCGUUGUCGUCGAUCGAACGCGAAGACGAAGACGUCCAGACGACCGAACCUCAGCCUGACGAAGAAGACGAUCUCCACCUUCUUCUUACGCCGCCGUCCGUCAUACCGCCUCCGGUCGAAACACCAUUAGUAGAGGAGCCCUUACAAAUGACUUCUGUGCCGGUCGAGGAGCCAAAGCCGAAGACGGAGAAGCCACCACCGACGACAAAGAAGCCACCACCGAAGACAGAGAAGCCACCACCAAAGACAGAAAAGCCACCAUCGAAGACAGAGAAGCCACCAUCGAAGACAGAGAAGCCACCAUCGAAGACAGAGAUGCCACCACCCAAGACCGAGAAGCCAUCACCGAAGGCAGAGAUGCCACUGAAGGCCGAGGAGCCACCACCGAAGACAGAGAAGCCACUACCCAAGACCGAGAAGCCGUCACCGAAGACAGAGAAGCCAGAACCCAAGGCAGAGAUGCCACCACCGAAGAUAGAGAAGCCAGCACCCAAGGCAGAGAUGCCACCACCCAAGGCAGAGAAGCCAGCACCCAUGGCAGAGAAGCCACCACCCAAGGCAGAGAUGCCACCACCCAAGGCAGAGAUGCCACCACCCAUGGUAGAGAAGCCAGCACCCAAGGCAGAGAAGCCAGCACUCAAGGUAGAGAAGCCACCAACCAAGAUAGAGAAGCCACCACCCAAGGCAGAGAAGCCACCACCGACCUCUUUGUCACCUCUCCCUCAGCGCCAAGUUGUGACAUCGAAUAACGGCAUGACAUCCCCCAAAAUAACCGGUGCAGCGGUGCCCAAACUGAAUUGGACGGACGUUGCCACAGCUUGGGAGCUCAGUUUACAGGAGGGUGUUGAGUUGGACUCGACCUCGGCUGCCAGGCGACUUGUUCCUUGGAGAAACGCUCAGCAAAGGCAUCCGAUCUCUCAAAAACUCGAGCAAAGGCAGCCGAUACCCCCUAAAAUCCAAAAACCAGAUCAAAGAAAACCAAGUUCACCCCCGAAAAAUAUGAAAAAAAGCUCAGCGAUACCGCGAGCGACGGAGGCAGCUCCAGCGGAAGCACCCAAGUCCCGACUGCCGAGUUUCAGAGUGACGGCCAGGAAAGCGAACCUCCAGCGGGAGCCGAAGAUCUUGGGUGCGAGUUUCCUGGACCUGACGCAGCAUCCGUACGUGGCCGUCCUGGCCGGGAAACUCGAGACCCGCCUCGUCUUCCUCUGCACCACCACCAUCCUCUCGGAAACCUGGGCGCUCUCCUGCGCCCACUGCUUCUUCGUCGACGGCGAGGAACUGGUCAUCAAUCGACUGGUGGUCGUGACCGGGCAAACAUCGUUGGAUCUCAGUAAUUUAAGCCCAAAUGCUGCGAUAUAUGUAGCGAAGGAAAUCCACAUUCACCCUAUGUACGCGGAGAAAUCAUUUGAGAGCAUCACGCAUGAUCUCGGCCUUGUGAGAGUGCGGCGGCCGUUCAAAUUCAACGAUUUCGUGCAGAUGAUUCCGAUCAGGGCUUUGCCUUUGCCCUAUCUGACGGACCCGGACACAGACACGUUGAUCCCUCUGCUGACCCAGUCCUUUAAUUGGAACUCGAAGACUCGUGAACUUGAAGCCAUCAAUGUGACCCUUCGCAGGGGCGACGUUGACCCCUGCCCCUGCAUAAACUGGCGGCUGUCGAGGGGGCUUUUCUGCACGUUCCGGCGUCCUGGGGAGACGAUCUGCCACGGGGACUUCGGGGGCCCGCUCGUCUACCGGCGCCAGCUCAUCGGUGUCGCGCAAGGGAUCCGGAGUGCCCGCUGUGACCGCGCCUACAUCCUCGAGGACGAGGACUGCGACGACGCCUCCAAGUACGCCAUGUACAUCAACACCUGCAUCUUCCUCGACUGGCUCAACCGCCACGUCCCUGGCGUCCCCCAUCAGCCCGAAGAGUGCUACCGGUUGCUCAAUGCCGAGGCCGGACAGGCCGUUGUCUCCGCGACCCCCGUGCUCCUGGUCGCGAUGGCGAGUUCUUUGUUCUUUUUCGUGAACACCCUCUGAGAAGCACAAAACACGUUUUCUUCUUCUGUUCCGUAUCCGCCCACUGAAGUUCAGACUGCGGACUCAUCACUGGAAAAAAAAACAAA